AUGAAACUCCAAACAUUGCUAGGCCACUCUGCCGACUCAAACAACAUCUCUUCAUGUCUUUCUGAGCUCGGGACGCCAGAUUCCGUACCCAACUACGAUCUGAAAACCUAUUCAGAUGUUGUAUAUUACAACUAUCAUUCCCUUGGCUUGAGCCUUGUAUUCUCACCGAUCGAGGGGUACAAACCAAAGACCAGAGCCUCUGCCAGCGAACUCAGCCUUAGCAAGCUGAUACUCACUGGUAUCGACAUUUACAACAGGCUUGAAACUGCCUCAGACCGGAAAGACAGUGCUCCUUACGCGCCAAAAAUCGUUAAUGCGCAAUAUUCACCGUAUCCCGCGUACCCUAUCUCCCUUCUCCUCCCCUCUGCUCCCCCCGAUAGGAAUCAGCAGCCGUCGUCGUCGCCUCCAAAUGUUCUCGCGAUCACACCAGAUACAACUGGCAAGAUAUUCGUCGAAGCACUGGGCGAACCAUCGCGUAAAGGCGGAGGCACCGGUCCGUCCUCUGGGUCCAUCAACAUCUGGUGCGAAUGGUCUCGGUUAGGUUUGAUGAUAGAAUUUGGCGGUAACGAUGCUCGUGGGCCACAAGCUUGGGAGAGGGGCAAAGACGCACGAUGGUCCGUCAUCAGCAUUUUCCGGCCCCCCAAGACACAGGAAUAG